AUGUUUCUCUUCUUUAUCUUUCUUUUAUUCAAUUUCUUUUAUUUUAAUGAUUGUGUUCCUGGAUGUACAUUUGAUCGUCCAUUAAUAGGAGAAUUUUAUUCGUAUGAAAAUGGUCUUGAAACACAUUCAUCAUUUAAAGAUAAUGGAGAUAUUGAAAGAAGAUUUUAUCGAAGAGAAACUGGUGCAGGUGCAACAAGAAAAGAUACGGGUGGUCUUCUUGUUAAUGAAGAUUUAGGUGAAUGUUUUAAAUUAACAAAAAGACAAAAUUAUUAUGAAAUUAUUUAUCGAGACAAAUCUCAAUCUUGUUUUCAAUGUUAUCAAAUAUUUAAUCGAACGAGAAAUAUUAAUCAAAUUCGCAAAAGUUCAUGUGGAGAUACAACAUCUUUAGAUUCAAAUCAAAUGAAUUUUGAUGAUUUAUGUCAAACAAUUGAUGAUCAAAGUGAAUUCACCACACUUUUUUUAAAAACCUAUUCAGCAGAAGAAUGUCGUCGAACAAUUUAUGGAACAUUUCAUUUCACUUAUGAAUUUCGUGAAGGUGGUAUUGGUAUUUGUGAUAAUCCAUCAUCACGUUUAGUUUCAUGUCCUGAUCCUGGUACACCGUUCGAAGCCGUUAAUGAACGUUUUCGAAUGAGAUAUGGUUAUUGUAAAUAUUUAACAUCAUCAUUUGAUGCUGAUCAAUUAAAUCAAUGUUUGGGAUCGUGGUCAACUCCUGAUGGAAAUAUUAUUACUGCUAUUGCAAAUGAACGUGUUGGUUCAGAACGUUGGUAUGAUAAAUUUCGUUGUAUGUUAACAAGACAAGAUCAACCACAAUGGUUUGCCAAAUCUUUAUUUGCGGAAUGUUCAUCUUUGAGUAGUCCAACAGAUGGACCAGAAAAAAUUAUUAUUUCACCUGUUAUUCCAGAAGAGCCAGUUGCUUCAUGUUUCUUUCCGAGUAAUUUAACUGGACAAUGGAUUAAUACAGCAAAUGUUAAUGCACGUGUAUUGAUCAAUGCUACACAUAUUCAUGAGAUAGCAAAAGUUAAUAAUCGUGGUUGGUUACGAGAAACAUAUUAUGUUUGUCAACAAACAUCAAGAAGUCAAUAUCUGAUCGUCAUCAUAAUAUUCUUCGAUAUCGAAUAUCAAUUAUUUGUUUUGGAUCCUCCUGCACCAGUCGAAUGUCCUUUCACUGGUAUGUGGACAUUUAAACAAGUUGGUCAACCUAACUCUCUCAUUCAAACACGUAUUCGUGGUGGUGUAACUCCACGUCCACGUGAUCAUGGUUGGUAUAUCACUUGUGAUCCAAGAUAUAUGGUUUCACAAUGGACAAUCUGUGGUGAUCAAACAAAGUCAAUGUUUGCUGAUCGUGAAUAUUGUCGACAAUUAGAUCCAUAUGGAACACCAAUUGGUGUUUAUGAACAACCUGAUUAUAUUUAUCAAUGUGCGGGUUAUUGGAGAGAAGAUUCACGCUCGAUGAUGGUUACUUAUGAUCGUGAUGAUCCAUAUAUAAAUUACAAAUGUUGGGUUUAUGAAAGAAGAGAUUUAACUACAAUUACAUUAUCAAGAUCGGCAGGUUCAGCUUGUGGUUUUAAUCAAACAUCGGAAAGUUAUCGAGCAGAAGAUGGUGCUGAUCUUGCUGUAACACUUCUUGAAUCGGAACGUAUUCAUGAUGAUUGUCCAAUUCGUUAUGAUGAUGGUCGAAAUGUAUUUAUCGAUUUAGAAGAAUUCAAUUUUUAUUAUGCAAAAUCGUCAAAUAUGAAAAUGAAUAAAAUCUUUUUUCUUCUUUGUCUUUUAUUCAUUUAUUUAAUUUGUUAA